AUGGCUUCUGCUGCCUUAAUUGAAUACCGAGGAUCCGGUGUAUUGAUUGUAGAUACGAAACGUUCAGCUGUCCUUCUUGUGUAUGAUUAUACAAAAAAUUAUAAUUGUUGUGGCGGUUCUAUGAAAUAUAAUUAUGAUGACCCUCGAUGCAUAGAAAAAACUGCUAAAGACGAAUUAUAUGAAGAAACACGAACUCUCUUCACCUGUGAUAUUGAUUAUCUAAUGACUUGUCCAUCUGUUGAUCUAAAUCAUAAGAAUUCUCUAUUCCGAUGUUAUAUAUUAAAAACUAAAUGUCCAUCAGAUAUCUGUCAACAAUUUGACAAUGUUAAACUCGACGAAAAUACAAUGGGUUCUGAUUAUUAUGAGACUACUGCUGUAGCUUUCUUUCCUUUGGAUCAAUUUAAGCAUAGAAAAUCACUAUUAACCAUUGAUAAAAAUUGCGAAGCAGUACAAAUUGAUGGAACGCUAAGUCCACUUAAUCGACGAGUUAUAUCUGUGAUUGAAGCUGCAAUUAAAGAAAAUUUGUUAUAA